UGCCUUUAUUGCACAAUAAUAUUCACUUCAGUAGAUGUUAUUCAACUGUUGCUCAUGCAUGGAGAAACUAAAUGAUCAAAAAUACUGAAGGUGUUUCAAUUUCUUUUUUCAUAAUUUCUUUUUUAUGGUGGAAUUUAUUUUGCUUUUCUAAGUUCGGGAACAAAAGAGAAAAGCAAUUUCAAACAGCAUAAUAUGUUUGCAUUAGGCCAAAUAGUCUCCUCUGUUUUGAUUUCACUUAAUGGUUUCCAAAACAGACAACUUUACAUCUCCCAAAGUAAGUCUAUUUGAUGGUUCGUAGUGUUUGCCAAGUACUUCUCAGAAUCUUUUCAUCUCAACAUUGAUUUUUCCCCUUUUCAAUGGGCACUCAUUUCUGCCUUAUAACUAAAUCCCUUUCUUUAUAAACCUCCUCUUGGGUAAUUUAUAAUAACAAAACCAUGAAAAGAUUACAUCAGAUGUCGCUUGCUGGAUUAGCCAAAAUGCAUAUGGUCCUUGCCUCUAGUGGCACACCUCUCUUGUUCAGUCUCCUAAAUUUGCUUUGAAUUAAUUUCAUACUGCCUAAAACAUAGUCAAAAUUACAAAAGGUUCAUAUGCCAUUGUCUCUGUUCAGAGCCAAAUAAGCACAUGGUGCUCUCUAACCUGAAACAAAUUCCAUAUUCACUUCCAUUAAAAUGAGAAAUCCAUUCACGUAUCCUUUUGAGUGAGCAGAGGCUCCACAUCUAUUGUAAUGCAAAGAAGCCCAUGCUGUCAGGGAGCAGCAUGUGCAUACUGGAAUCCCUGUAUCUGAGAAAGAUAAUUGGAUUAGGCCAAGUGGCUUGGAUUCUUCAACCAAGUACAGAGUUCAGCAAUGGUUGUGAGGCUUAGAUUCCACUUUCCCUGUUUUUUGCUUUCUUCAAAUUUUUACAUUUUGAUGUGUUCAGGUUUUUAUGACUUUAUAUGUUAUCUGCUCUGAGUUUAUUUUCUAAUGAUCAAGCAGGAUAUCAGAUUUUACAAUAGAAUAAUAAAUAAACCACAUAAACCUUACCUUUAACACAAUGGCCACAUUAGGACAUAACACACCCGCAGUUCCGCCCUCCACCCUGUGGAGUUACCUGUCCCCAUUCGGACUUAACCGGCGGGGACCCCUACUGCAGUCAGGGAGACUGUAGAAAGGAGGGAGAACUGGCUGUGUUGGCUCCUUUCUGGGAUGAAGGAAGCCAACACAGCUGUUUGUUUGUUUGUUUGUUUGUUUGUUUGUUUGUUUGUUUGUUUGUUUGAUUUCUAUACCCUCCCUUCCAAAAAUGGCUCAAGGCAGUUUACACAGAGAAAUAACAAAUAAAUAAGAUGGAUCCCUGUCCCCAAAGAGUUCACAAUCUAAAAAUUGUAGAUGAGUGGCGGGAGCUUCCUCCCUUAACUCCAGUGAAAACACAGUAUACCAUUUGGAUGUAACGCUGCCAGAGAACAAUCUCAGGUAGGUGCGGCGAAACCCACUACAAACCGCAGGUUCAAACUGGAGUUUCGGGAAGGAAACCUCAGGUUGCUUUUGGGUCCGAACCACAGUUCCAUGCAUUCAGACAUACAAAAUGUUAAACCAAAGGCUCCUUCAACUCCGGUUUCUCAUUACAUGUCAAUGGGGCCAAUAAGGGAUGUGGCAUAAAGGAGAAGAACUCUGAAGUAGCAUCUGUUUCAGGAAUUGUAUAAUCUAUGAGAAUUGGUGUGGAUUUUUAAUGCAAGAUGAUCCUACAUGCAUGAAUUACUUUAUUUGAGGCCAUUAUUGGCAGUCAUGUCCCGGUGCAUGUACACACAUUGCAAUAUAUAUGCAAGAAUGGAACUUUCUCCUAACCUUAAGUGAGUUCCAUGUAAGAAUUUGUUAACAUGUGAAUAAGCCCUCAUUUCCACAAAGAAACAUUUUUAGAGUCUAUAGAGUGUCAUAGCAUCUUAAAGACUACCAGGUUUUUUUGUGUUUUCUUGGUGGCAUAAGCUUUGGUAAGCCACAAUAAAUCAAUUUUACUGCUUUCUCCUUUAUAAGUCACAAUAUUCUUUAACUACUCUUUAACUUUGGCAUGCCUUCAACUCCUGCCUGUGGCUUCCAGCGGCAUCUGGUGGGCCACUGUGCGAAACAGGAUGCUGGACUAGAUGGGCCUUGGGCCGGAUCCAGCAGGGCUUAUGUUCUUAUGUAACUGUGCCACAAGAUUCUUUGUUGAUUUGCUGCAACAGACGAACAUGGCUACAUUUCUGGAAAUGUUUAGAUAUGGAUUUUCUAAUUUAAAAAAUAAAUUUCUAGACCUCACAUUUGUUCCAAUACGAGUGUGGAUCUCACCUCCUGCCACCCGCGCUUCAUUGAACAUGUCCUCUUUCUAAAGUGUAUGCUUCAGUGAAUAUGUGUGUUUGAGCUUGGUUUCUUUUUAUUUACUGCUAUGAUUUUAUUCAAUGACAACAGGUUUAGAUAGGUGUAUUUUUGUCUUUACUACACACACAAACACACACACACCCCAUGUUCCACACUUGCCAACUCUAUGCUUCUAUUUAUAUAGGGCUUUGCUAUCUCUCUCAUCCUAUUUUUGUUUUCUGCCUGCAAAUAAUUAUAGACAAAUCCCCCAGGAAGUUCUCAUGUACAAGCCUUUCUACAGUGAUCUUUAGCUGCGCAAGAGCAUGGCAGAGCUUUGUGUCUGCAUCCUGUUCUACUCUGCCAAGCAAAAGCUCAGGAUUUGGGAAUAGCACAGAUUAACACCCCGGAGGCAUACUCAGAUCCUUCAUUUUGAGUUUUGGCACAUUAGCCUAUUUCUCAACCAGUUGAAUAUUUAUACCAGAUGGCAGAAAAAUCUCCUUUCAUUCUCCAACUUCAUCAGUUGGAGGCCCUGGAGAAGGGCGGGGUCCCUGCCGGUCCUGACCCCUCGGCGGCGCCGGUGGGUCCAGCUGCACCUUUGUCCGAAGUACCUGGUCAACCUGCGCUGACAGUGCCUUCUGAUGCGGUUCCCGCGCUCCCCUUGGAGGGGUUGCCACAGCCUGGGAUGCCAACUGAACAACCUGUGGAUCCAUCCCGGCCAGGGGCUUCGGGUGCUGGUGGAGCGGCGGCUCCGGUCCGGGUCCUAGUGUGCGGCCAUUCGCUGGUCUUCUGGGCCUUCAAGCGGACCAGCACCACGCAGUGGGGCACGCAGUUGGGCUUCGGCAGGACGGCCUCUAUAUAUUGGUUGGGCAUGCGGGGGAUGCUCUGGGGACAGCUACUCCCCGCUAUCAGGAACCACCUAGUUAGCUUCCCCGCCCCUCAAGUUUUGAUACUGCAUUUGGGUGAGAAUGAUUUGGGCCAGCGAACUGGCCUUUCAAUUGUUCGGCAAGCCUCUACCGAUUUUAAGGUUCUGAGGGAAUGGAUUCCGGGACUCCGAAUUCUUUGGGUCAAGUGGCUUCAGCGUAGAGUCUGGAGUGGGGUAUCCUCAGGGCUGGGUAUGGAAAAGGCUCAGCGGAAGGCUUCGGCAGCUAUAGGUAGGCUGGUCAGGGAAGCCGGGGGGGCAGUCUUAUUUCAGCCCGGGAUAGCUGCGCGCUUCCCUGAGCUGUACUGGCCUGAUGGGGUGCACCUGUCCCAGUCUGGCUGUGAUUUAUACCUGCGUAAUAUUCGGGAGGGGCUUGCCAAGUUUUUGAGAGGUUGUGGGGCAGGGAGGUCAAGCUGGGGCUAACCUCCCUGUGUGGCAGUAGCAGUGCGGGCUGUGGGUAACUGGAGGUAGAUUUUGGUGAGCACCCUUGGGUAUUUAACGGUUGAUUGGUUAAUCGCUCCUUUGUUGCCUGUGCGGCACGGGGAGAAUGAUUCCCAACAACCAGCUUCAGGACUUCACCAACCUUUGGGCUCAGCGGUCCGGGGUUGGUUGAGUCCUUGAAGUAUCCAGAUCACUUCCUGAAAAAGGGGGUGGUUGGCUUUGAAGGAAUUGGGGCGGGGCUCUCCUGCCUUAAUUCCUGAGCCAGGGUGUGUCGCCCUUGGCAGGCUAUGGGGCUUGGCCUAGGGCCUUGCUCAUGCCUAGGAGCCCGCACUGUUUUUUAGUUGUGAUUAAUCACAUGAAGCGCCAGUUCGCCAUGUUGUAAGGUUAAUAAAGUUGUGGCC